AAACAUUCAUUCUUUGGCAAUAAACCUGUUUCUGAUUCUGAUUCUGAUUCUGAUAUGCAAGGGUUGCAGAAGCUAAGUGACCAAUAUGUCACAUAUCGUAAGAGAACAUGCAAAGAUUGGAUUUUAGUUUCAGUUUAACAAUCAAAAUGUCCAGAGUUAAAUUGUUAUUGUCUUCUCUGGUGCUCUUUAUUCAUUUCUGUUGUUGUUGUUGUUGAUGUUAUUUGGCAUCACGUGCUCCCUGGUCCUCUUACUGAUGCUGUAGUGACAUAAAGCCAGUAGACUAACAGGUGGUCUCCAGCUCACCUGGAGUGUGUGCACCAGGUGAAUAGUGGCCCCCUUAGCAGCUUCUCUCUCUCUCCACUGUCAUGCUCCAGCUGCACUAAUAAAGGCAAUAAAAGAAAUGUGCACGACAACCAACUCUAGUUUUCAUUGUCAGACUGUUUCACAAUUGUUGGCUUUGCAUUGGUAAAGUGCAGAAGAAGAAGAAACCAAUCAAUUUCAAAUAUUAUUGUCCAGAGAGCUAUAAGUCUCGGAGGAGGGAACAACUGUGCCCAAACUCCUUUUAUCAAUACUCAUCACAGGAUUAAUAGACACGAGCUACACCCGAAUCCUCUGUGACACAAUCUGACUAAUUGACUUAUUAGAAGGAGAACGCCUAACAGAUGAGAGGAAGGUAGCGCUAUUGGAAAGUGAAAUAAAAGCUUAUAAUUAUCUUUGUCUAACUUCUUUAUAAAAAGGGGGGCAGGUUUUUUCUCUCUCUCUCUCCAUCCUUUGUAGAAAACAGCAGCCGGGCAACGGACAGCUGUCAGCGACCUGACGACUCAAAGACGACCAUGAACAAGCUCAACUCGUGACACUUCUGAACACUUUCGGGAGUCUCUUGCUGCAGGAUGCUCCGAGACUCGGAUCCCUUCGCGGAGGACAGCUUCAGCCGCUUCCCGUCGCAGAGCAACAUUUACGGACUGUGUCAGGCCGGGGAGCAGGAGCUGCUGGCGGCCACCCUCAAAGGGAAGGUGGUGUGUUUCAGAUACCAGGAGCUGCAGCAGAAGAUCCGACCUGUGGCCAAGGAGGUUCAGUUCACCUACAUCCCAGUUGAUGCAGAGAUCGUGUCAAUCGAUGCGUUUAACAAGUCUCCUCCCAAAAGAGGCCUGGUGGUGGGCAUCACAUUCGUAAAGGACUCUGGUGACAAGGCCACGCCGUUCCUCAACAUCUACUGUGACUACGAGCCCGGCUCAGAGUUCAACCUGGAGUCCAUCGCACAGAGCUGCCUGAAUCUGGAGUUGCAGUUCACGCCCUUCCAUCUCUACCACACCGAGGUGCAGUGUGACAGCGCAGACAGAGAGACGGUGUUCCUGCUCAGCGGGCACGACCAGAGGAUCCACCUGUACAAGGAGAAUGCCUCCCUCCACCAGUUUGAAGAGCAGCCGGUGGAGAGACUCUUCCCUGAAUUACAGCAGCUGCCCAGCAAUGUGCUCUGGUUGGACAUGUUGAGCAUCGCCGGUGGACGGCGACUCUCUGCAAUUGGCUGUCAGAAUGGCUGCGUUGGACUGGCGCUGGUCAACCAGACAGAACCAGAGGUUUUGCAGAGCUGGCGCUUCCAGUUCGACAGUCCGAUCUCGUCGGUGCUGCUCUUCCCUCUGAGCUGCCAAACCGAGCCCGACCAGCCCAGCAGAGAGAAAAGUGCGGAUAUGGAAGGCUACAACCUUCUGGUAACCAGCACCAUAGAGAUGGCAGUUGUCUACAGAGAUGUCCAGAAGCGAGGCUUGUCUCACUCCAUGUGCCUCUCAGGGAGCGACCAGUGGGACGCAGUGCUCUGCGCUUUGGUCAUUGACCUGGAUUUUGACGGGCAGAAGGAGGUGCUGUUGGGAACAUAUGGGCAGGAACUUCUUUGUUACAAAUUCCAGCCGGCAGGGAGAGGACGAGACGGACAGUUUCAGUUGAAGUGGAGGCGGAGCUUCAAGAGUCCUCUGCUGUCCAUCAUCUACUUAGACUUGACCGGGGACGGGCUGAGGGAGCUGGCUGUCCUCACGCUGAAGGGGCUGCACAUCUUACAGCACUCUCUCUCCAGCACUGCCGAUUUGGUCCUCGAACGGCUCGCCUUCAUGGUGUCGGCACUCACGGCCGGCCCCGAGCCGGAGUCAGCCGAAGAGCGGGACGCCGAGGAGAAAGAUGCUGAGGAAGAGGAGUGUGCAGCCAAGACCCCAUCAACUUAAGAAAAACAGCACGUUUCCCCCACGUGAAAGUCCUGAUGGAUCAGACUCGGAUGCGUUUUUUCCGCAUCGACGCGUGGAACAGGAAGGACUUUAUCCGCAUUCCUUGACAGUAUCACUCCCAGACAAUAAGGUCCCGCUCCGCUCUGCGGUCGGACACGAUGGUGUGCUAGAUGGUGUUUCAGUCUUCUGCAGAUAAUAAAUCACCAUUGUGUCUGUUCACUCUCA